AUGUUUCUAUUUUGUAUAAGCAACAAUCUGGUAACAUUUAUCCAAUGUUGCAGAUAUCAUUGCAUCUCUUGGGAAUUCGCUAAGCGGACACUAGGAACAUUAAUUCCUCCUUUUAGAAAAAUUUAUAUCAACAGCGUAAACAAUAUGGUACAAGCUUAUAAUCCAAGUAUCCUUGAGAAGGGAAGGAUGCCAUCAAGGAGAGUGAGACAAGCUUAUGAAUUUCAGGAAGAAGCACAAUCCCCACCCCCUGGAGGGGGUUUGAAAAUUCCAAUUCAUGUUGAUGAAGAAGAAGGGGUUAAUCCAGAUACACAGUUUGACCACGACGAAAUAUUAUAUAUGAGAGGGCUAGAAGAAGUUGAGUCUUUGGGACUUAUGGAUAUUGGGAACUUAGCAUCUUGGGAGAUCUCUAGCUUCAAACAAGGUUGCGAUCUAAGUAUGCUUAGAGACGAGUCUCCUCAUACGUAUUGGCAAAGUGAUGAUGCACAGCCACACAGUUUAAUCAUCAGAUUUACCAAGUCAAUGAAUAUUGAACGAAUAUCUUUGUUUCUAAACUAUCCGUUGGAUGAAUCAUACACACCAGAUAGAAUGGCCAUACUUGCUGGUACCGGGGAACAUGAUUUACUGGAAGUGACAAAAGUUGAAUUUGUUGAGCCAAUUGGUUGGCAACAUAUAGUGUUCAACGAAGUAAGCAAAAAUGGACUGUUGAAAUGCUUCAUUCUGAAAAUACUUUUCUUAUCAAAUCACCAAAAUGGUAAGGAUUGUCACGUUAGGGGUCUUAAGGUAUUGUCACCUGGCAUGAAAUCCAAAAGUCGUUUAAGAAAUGAUGGUAAUCUGCAAGAUUGUGUAGGGUUUACAAGUAUUAAAUUUAUAAGUCAAUCAUCAAUUAGGUAA